AUGUCCGAUAGUCAAUCUCAGGGAGGCCCUGGUGGCGGUCAAGGUCAAGGCCAAGGCAGGAAUGCGGCACCCAGUCAGGAUCCUCAGGGCGGACCCAGUGGAGGCGACCAAGUCCGACCGUUAUGGUCUCAGAUUGCGAGUCGUCCUUCUCAAGCUCAAGGAGGUGGCCUCCAGGCAUCACGGCAUGCUGGAGGUGGUGCUUCUCAAGCCGGUCCCUCUCAAGGCGGCCAAGCCCGACAGUCGUAUCCUCAGGCUGCAGAUGGUCCUUCUCAAGGCGGUUUCCAAGGAGGCGAGUCAUCUGGCCUCCAGUCAUCACGACAUUCUCAAGCUGGACGUGGUACCCCCCGUGGUGGCAACCGACGCGGCCGCGGAAAUCCGCCCCGAAACAGCUCUGGCUGGGGACCCCGUGCCCAAAAUUCCUCUCGAGGUCCAGAUAUUACGAAGUUAGAGAACGACAUUGUUACCUCUCUGAAUAAGGAUACCAAGGCCAUGGCUACCCAGAUGGGUCAGAUGUCUCUUGGAGGAUCUAUUGCGGUCGAUCACAGAAGACUCCCACAGCGUCCAUCCUUUGGUACCCGGGGUGCAGCGGUUGUGAUCCGAGCAAACUACUUUGACUUGCGACUCAACAUUCCGCAAAAGCUGUACCAAUGCAAUCUCGAAGCCGGGUAUGCUGACCAAACCGGCAAGGAAGUGAAGGGCAAGCUCCUCCAGAAGGUGAUCAGUGCUGCUUUGGCAACUCUGCAGAUCGAAUGUCCUUUCGCUACAGAGUUCAAGAACCUGGUUAUCUCUCUCGAGGAGUUUGAGGUUCCCUCAGACCGCAUUGUCCGAUGUCAUUUGCCUCCUCUUGAUCCUGACUCAACGGCGAGCCAGGGCCCUGAAUUCAUGGUCAGGGUUUCUCCCUUCCAGCAGCUGGAUCCCCACGACCUCACUGAGUGGCUGCAGGACAUGCGUGAGAACUCUGAGGGCUUCCCCAAAUAUCAUGACAUCAUCAGUGCCAUGGACAUCAUCAUGGGGCACGCACUGCGGCAGUCAACGGACGUGGCCGCUGUCGGACGAAGUCGAUUCUUUCCCCUUGUGCAGCACCAAGGGCCGAAGGAAGGCAGGCUGCUGUCCAAUGGAUCCAAACUUAUAAUGCGCGGCUUCUUUCAAAGUGUUCGCCCCGCCACCGGAAGGCUUUUGCUGAACGUGAAUGUCACUCAUGGCAUCUUCCGCCCUUCGGGUCCACUAUCUGCUCAACUCAAGGGCCUUGCAUUGAACAAGAUGAAAGGCUAUGAAGCGAAUACAUACGACACUCGCCAAAAGUUGUCCCAAUUCUCCAAGACGAUAUCCAAGGCCCGCGUGCUCUGCGACCUCUUCGACGUCCAAGGCAGGCCAAAGCGGGUUGAGAAGACGAUCAUCGGAUUAGCCGUCAAGGGAGACGGCAACAAGAGAGAACCGACAAAACCCCCUCGGUUCGUACAUCAAUAUGGAGGGCCGCAUCGGGUUUCUUUCUACAUGAGCGCGGACUCAAGCCAGGGCCUGAAGUUGAGCAGGGAUGGAUACAUCAGUGUUGCUGAUUAUUUCAUGCAACGAUACCAGCUGGAGACAGACGCGUCCUUGCCUGUUGUGAACGUUGGAACGACGAGCAAUCCUAUCUAUAUUCCGGCCGAACGCUGCACUAUUCUUGGUGGACAGUCUCUCCGAGGAACCCUCAGCGGCACAGACUCAGCUGAGAUGAUCAGGUUCGCAUGCAGAGCACCUCAGCCGAACGAGAAAUCUAUCCUACAGGAGGGCCGUGCCCUUCUGAAGCUCGACGACAACCCUCUGCUAGAUGCGUUCGGUGUGGAGAUUGGCCCGAACCUGGUCACAGUUCAAGCGCGGGUUCUUCCUAUCCCACAGAUUGACAUGGCGGGAGGAAGCCCGUUGACACCCAGCAAUGCCUCCUGGAAUUUCACAGGGCGCAAGGUUGCACAAGCGGGGAGAACAAUCAACAAGGUGGUCUGGUUUCUUGUCAAGCGGAAUGGGGAUGUGCGCGAGUCUGAGCUCAACGGCCUCAAAGCUCAGAUAAACGAGUGGCUCAAGUUCUGGCAGCAGAGAAUGGGGAUCGCCAUCUCGACACAAGCCCAAAACACCGUAGCCGGGUAUCCUCUCAGCGUCUACGACGGAAGCAUCAUGCAGGAUGUUCACAAUGGAAUGGACCAGAAGCUGAAAGGCCUUGGUACUUUUUCCAUGCCAGGACCCCUUGCAAUUUUGAUCGUUCCGGACAGGGAUACUGAGCUAUACCGGGCUAUCAAGACUUUCGGCGAUGUUAAGCUAGGGAUACACACUCUGUGUGUCACGAAGCAAAAAUUCGACAAGGGCAAGAGCGACCAAUCAAUCACAACCAACAUCGGUCUCAAGGUCAACCUCAAGGUUGGGGGUAUCAACCACAGGCUCAAGCAUGACUUUGCAAUGGUCAAAAACAAGUCUACCAUGUUCGUUGGAUACGAUGUCAUCCACCCAACCAAUCUUCCCAUGAAUGCAAAGGGCCCGGGCACGGCAGACCUGAAAAGCCAGGUCGGCCUCGUCAUCAGCUUGGACGCGGACCUUGCUCAAUGGCCGGCUAUAGCCUGGAACCAGGCUGGUGGCGUCGAGAUGCUCGGUGACGCACUGGUGGACAAGUUUGCCAGCCGGUUGGAUCUGUGGAGUCGGCACAAUGGCAACAAGCUCCCUGAGAACAUUGUCAUAUUCCGAGACGGUGUUUCUGAGAGCCAGUUCGAGCAGGUCAUCGACAAGGAACUGCCUAGCAUUCGCAAGGCGUAUGCCAAAGAGGUCGCCCAGCGCGGACUGAAACCGGAGAAGACGGCGCGCAUCUCGAUCAUCGUCUCUGUCAAGCGUCACCAGACACGCUUCUAUCCAACAGGCGAGGUGACGGGGAAGAACACCAACAUCAAACCCGCAACCGUUGUUGACCGUGGCGUCACGACGGCGCGCUACUGGGAGUUCUUCCUGACGGCCCACGCUGCCGUCCAGGGCACUGCGCGCCCUGCGCGGUACACGGUCAUCUACGAUGAGAUUUUCAAGGCGGACCACGGCAACGGAGCGGCCAACUAUGUGGAGAAGCUCACGCACGACAUGUGCUACGCGUACAACCGCGCCACCAAGGCUGUGAGCAUCUGCCCGCCGGCGUACUUUGCGGACCUGGUCUGCACGAGGGCCCGUCUCCAUAACCAGGACCAGCUGGAGGCGGCCGCUGCUGGAUCGGCGAGCGUUGAUAUCAUGGUCAACAAGAGACUUGCAGACUCUAUGUACUACAUCUGA